UCUGAUUUUUUAUUAAUGAAUAGUUAUGCAAAACAAAUCUAAACAUUCAAUUCAGGAACAUUUGCAACGAUGAAUGAGUUUUAAUUCAUACAGAAACUAGGAACUGGUAGCUUUGGAAACGUGAAUUUGUAUGUGCAUAAACCAACACAAAAAAAAUAUGCAAUUAAAAUUGUAGUUUUGAAUAAAAUUUUAGAUGCCUGGAGAUACGAUAACAAAUUAAUAUGAAAGUGAAGGCAUUGAGAGAGAAAUCAGAGUUCACAAAAAAUGCAAGAAUCCCAAUAUAGUUCAACUCUAUGAUUCAUUUUAUGAGAAUGAUUCUAUUUUUAUGGUUCUUGAAUACCUUGAAAGCGGUAGCUUAUUAAUGAUUAUACUAGGCAAUUUGUUUGCACACAUUUAGAAGAAUCCACCUAUGAGUGAGUAGGAAGCAUGUAAGUACUUUGUUUAAACAUGUCUUGCAUUAUAAUAUAUGCAUUAAAAUAAUGUAUUUCAUAGAGAUAUCAAACCAGAAAACCUAUUGUUAGAUGAGAAAUUCAACUUGAAAGUAUGUGAUUUUGGUUGGUGUGCUGAGAAUAUACAUCAAAAGAGAAAGACCUUCUGUGGAACCUAUGAAUACAUGGCACCUGAAAUAGUGAUGGAAGUAAUGUACGAUUACAAAAUUGAUUUAUGGUCAUUGGGAAUAUUGUUAUUUGAGUUGUUACACAAAUACGCACCAUUUAAAGGAAAAGAUUUUAAGGAAAUUUCAGUUGCAAUUAAAUAAUGUCAGCCAAAAAUUAAGCCAUCAGUAUCAAAAGAAGCUUGCUAAUUAAUAUCUCAAUUAUUAUCUCUGGAUCCCAAUCACAGACCUCCCAUAAAUCAAAUUCUAGCAUCUUCAUUCGUAAAGAAAUACAGCAACACCUUGAACUUAGUGGAGUUCCAAGAAAACAUCCAACCGAGAUCUCCACUUCGAUCAUAUCCCUCCGCAUAGUAAUUGAAGUGUGGUUCGCCAAGAAGAAGAAUCACAGAAUAUAAUAUGAUAUAAAAACCAGAAACAAGAGUGAGAAUGGCAUCGCCUAAACCUGUGGAUUCUCAGAAGAUCAUAUAGAAGAUUUAUGUGAGUCCUGCUAGGAGGAUUUAACCGAAGGGAAGGGAGAACGUGGCAGUAAAGACAGGGCCGAUAGAUGUGAGAGGAAGGGAGGCUACCAAAAUAAUAUAUAUGAAUUUAUGUAAUAAUAUUUCAUGA